AUGCAGCGCAAACCUAAAUUCCAAGGGCGACCAUCUCAGUCGGCCGCCCAUGUGGGCGCUUCCUUUCCCACCACGGUUUCACCAGACGGAUACACGUCCAUCCGCCGCACGACAUGCCGGGGAGGCCGCUGGGCUGGUUUCCAACCCCAGAACACACCUGACCCGAAAGGGCAGCCGUGGACCAUUCACCUUGAUAUCUGGUCUCAACAGCCGGCCUUCUGCGUCUACCUCGCUUCAACAGGACUGCUCCGGCAAGCAUCGUCCGUAAUCCCCUUAGCAGCCGCGAGCCGGCUACAAGCUGACGGCCACACACCCGGCGGCCACGUUUUUUUUCCCACCAGACGUCAUGGACAAAGUUCAGUGCAGGGCGUCGCGCGCGCUCGGCAGACUCUGCAACAGCGGACGGGCUGCCUCGUCGCCGGCCGCAUGGCCCGGGAACAGUCCCCGACAUUCGCCAAGUAUUCGUCCUACGAGCCGUUGGCCAACUGCGGAAUCGUCGAGUCUUGGCUGGUCACGGCCGAGGAGCGGAAACGAGCCGCAAAGAUGGCGCGCAAGAACAGAAAGUUUUCGCUUGUCAAGGAUCCCGACCAGCUAUGGUGA